AUGGCCGGACAUGUCCGCCGCCCGCAGCCACGUCGCUCCGGCCAAUCCCGUCCCGCCACAUCAUCUCCGUCGCCGCUCCUGGCCAACCAGGCGCCGCCACCUCACCCGCCGGCUCCCCUCCACCGCGCCUCUCCGCCACAGGCCCGCGGGGCCCAGAUCCGGCCCGCUCGGGCCCGGAUCCCGCGCCCGCGCCGCCCGCGCGCCGCCGGCCGUCUCGGCUCCCGGCCGCCGCCGCCUCGGCUUCCCGAGUCACCGCCCGUUCCCCGCCGCCUGCCGCUCGUCGUCGCCGCCUCGCCGGCGCGCCCCUUCGCUCCGACCGCCUUCCGCCCACCUUCUCCGGCGCGCCUCCGCUCGCGCCCACCGGCGCCUUCCCGACGUCGCCCCGCCGCCUCCUCCUCGCCUCAGGCCAGGACCGACUCGCCUUCGCCCGGAUUCGCCGGAUCCGUCCACCCCACGCCCGUCCCCAUCGUCCCGGCCUCCUCUCCGGUGCCGGAGCUCCGCCGCCGUCGCCGUGGCGCCGGCGCCGCCCCUGCCUCGGGCACGAGGGGAAUGAGGGGCGUUCCUCCCCUGCCUCGCUCCCUGUAG